UUACAGGUUAUAGGAUAACGAAAAUGGCAACAGUGUUCCCACGUCCAGCACCUGGUGAUCCUAUGAUAGGCCAUCAACUGUCGGACAUUUCAACACUACCACCACAACCUGUACCAUUUUUACCUAUAAUACCUCCACCUCAAGGAACUGUGUAUUUUCAACCGCCAUAUGUCUUCCCUAGCGGUUUACCACAACCGAUGUUUUGCGAGCAACCGAAUGUUCUACCGUCGUUCGAAAACAUUCCAAGGGAAGGUCCGAUGAAUGACAAUGCCUGCACGAUGCAAGGCAUGUUUUUCCGAACUGUAGUAACCUCAUUUUUGAAUGGAAUGGUAGCAUAUUUGUGUUGUACCCCCCCUUCUUUUUUUUUACCAUUAUUCUCUGAUACUUCCGUAUCUGGUAAUCCACUGCCACCAUUACCACCACCUCUGCCAUCAGCUUGUCCAAAAUCAUCAGUCCUACAGUCAUUACCGUCUUCAUUUGCUUCUGCACCGUACCAGAGUUGGCCGAUAACUAACACUACAUCGCAAAGUCCAACCGUAAGGAUAACACCGAGAAAGGAUAGCAUUUCAUCGACCGGUGCUAGCCAAUCGUCACUCAAGUUUUCCGGAAAUGAUGACUGCAGGAAUUCCCAACGAGACAGCUCUAAUCGGACUGAACUGAUGUAUCGGAAUAGAUCGGUUACGUCAUUGAAUAACUAUCGCACUAAGCUUUGCACAAACUUCAAGAAUGGUCACUGCCGUUACGGUGAUAGGUGUCGAUUUAUUCAUCAUCCAACACCAGAUGGUGUAACCAAAACAAAAUUUUCCACAAAUGCUCCUGCAUUCGUGCCAAGAGCUAAUGCAAUGCAUGCUAAACCAAGCAGUCCUUCUGCUUCAUUAGAUGUAGUUCCAUCGAAUCGUCUGUACAGUUCAACGCCCAUAUCGUUGCUGGCGAAAGGCCAGGGCAGUGGCCUGGAUGUGAAGGAGAGACCAACUACGCCAACAGGACGACGAAUAUCGUAUCGCCAAGAUUUCAGCGCUGGUUAUCGACGACCCUCUGUGGCUGACGGACCUCAUCCUUUGCCUACAUGUUGA